AUGUCCAACCUCGUCACGAACAGGCUCGCCCAGGAGCGCAAGGACUGGCGCAAGGACCACCCGCACGGUUUCAUCGCCAAACCGUCCACCAAGCGCGACAAAAACGGCGACACCGUGACCGAUCUCACGAAGUGGCAGUGCGCGAUCCCGGGAAAACCCGACACGAUAUGGGCCGGGGCGAGUUACCCGCUGACGUUAGAGUUCGGGAACGAUUACCCGGCGAAACCACCCAGGGUGGCGUUUCCAGCUGGUUUCUUUCAUCCAAACGUGUACCCGACUGGCAAGGUGUGCCUGUCCAUCUUGAACGAGGAUAAGGGAUGGAAGCCGUCGGUGUCGAUCAAACAGAUCUUGAUUGGGGUGCAGGAGCUUUUAGACACGCCGAACAUGAGCGAUCCGGCGCAGCAAGACGCAUACGAUCAGCUCAGAAAGUCAAAAGCGACGUACGAGAAAAAAGUUCGGGAGCAGGCGAGAAAGUACGGGGCGAAUUCCGGAGGGGCUGGGGACGAGAUCAUCCUGCUGUGA